AUGGAUCACACCAAAGUGAAUGAACUCAAGGGCUUCAUCGACACCAUUAAGGCCCGUCCAGAGUUACUGCAGCUCCCCGAGCUCAGAUUUUUCAAGACUUAUCUAGAGAGCUUGGGAGCUACAAUUCCAGAAGUCGAGCAGUCGUCCUCAGAAGCAACAUCGUCCUCGGAAGAAGAACAGAUGCCUCGGACGCACGAAACUCACGGCGACAGCUCCCCCAAGCACCCAGCCCCCGAGGAAGAGGAGGAGGAAGAGGAGCCCCCGAUUGUGGAUCCUCCCAAGCCCGACGAGUCCAUCUUCAACGACCCCUCAGACCCAGAGCGCUUGGAACCCGAGUCGGAGCCUGUCUUGCCCUCUGGCCCCGUGGAUAAGGACCUUAAUGACGAUGAGAUGGACCAACAAGCUGGACUCAAGCAAGAAGCUGUUGAGGCGAUGGAGGACGGUGACCUGGAGAAGGCUCUGGAGAAAUACACUAAAGCCAUCAACAUCGGUGGCGCGACCGCUCUCCUGUUUGCUCGAAGGGCAGCGGUGUUAUUGAAGCUGAGGAGGCCCUUGGCUGCUAUGAAUGAUGCUGAUGCGGCUCUGAAAUUAAACCCUGACAGUGGAAGAGCGUACAGGAUACGCGGCGUCGCGAAUAGGAGGUUGCAGAGAUGGGAAGAGGCUCAUUCGGACUUAGCAGCAGCCCAGAAUAUAGAUUUUGAUGAGGCUACUGAGGAGAUCCACAGGUUUGUUGAUGAGAAAUGGUCGAAGAUUGCUCAGCUAAGGAGAGAUUAUCAGAAUGAGGUAGAACAGAACGACAAGUUGAGGAAGGAGAGGGAGAUCAAAAAGCGGAGGACAGCUGCGCAAAAGGCCUAUGACGCCCAGAAGAAGGCUGAGGGGUCCACCUCUAGCUCAGCGGAGGGGUUCCCUAGUGGAGGCAUGCCGGGAGGAAUGCCUGGUGGUAUGCCCGAUAUGGGAGAUCCGGAUCUCCAGGCUGCAUUCAGUAACCCCAAGGUCAUGGCUGCUAUGCAGGAUAUGAUGCAAAAUCCGGCCAAUAUGAUGAAGUAUAUGAGCGACCCUGAGGUCGGCCCUCUGCUGCAGAAACUGAUGUCGAAGAUGGGUGGAGGAAUGCCUGGAGGAUUCCCGGGAGCUCCUACUCAUUAAACACACUAAGUUGAUCUAUCGUUAAUCAUAUCACUCGGGAGUUUCUA